AUGGCCUCGGUUUCCACCGACGAUGUGGACGGACCUGGUCAUCCCAAGCGGCAGAAGCUUCGCAAAGGCACUCACAGCUGCUGGGCUUGCAAGCGGCGGAAGGAGAGGUGUGUGCCAUGCGCAGACGAUUCAACCAUCUGUCUUGGCUGUAGGAAGCGUAGCACUCCCUGCCUCGCCCAGGAUCAGCCUGAGGAGACUACGCCUCACUUCUUGCCCGCCAUCACCACCGCCAUCGAUGCGGACUCAAGGCCAGGCAUCACAGCUCCACCUCCUGAGCCAGCACCGACACAUAUAUGCUCUUCAUAUAGCCACCCUCGACACUCAGCUAUGCUCAAUGGCUCUACGCUUACUAGUAUGCCCUACACCUGGCUGGAUCCCAACCAUCCCGACCAUCCCAAUGACCCCACAUCGUCCGGCUCAUUGCCGGCACCAGCUAGCGUAGAUUCUCACCCAGUGCUCCUAGCCAGACACAUACUGAACAUAGUCACACUUCUUCAAGACCUGCACCCCAAUAUACACCAUGAGUUAGCUGGCCUUCAUGAGCCUCCCAGGGUAAUGGCAGAGCGUCUUGCAGAGCUUGUCAUUCGCCUCGUUACCUCUCAGGACCGAAUGCUGGCCAGUGUAGAAGGUUUAGAGUGCGUUGUCAUGGAGAGUAUCUAUCAUGGAAAUUGUGGCAGUCUGCGCCUUAGUUGGAUGGCUUGCCGCCGAGCAAUGCUCCUCGCACAGCUCCUCGGCCUGCAUGUGCAUGGGCCGGCUACUCCCAAACAAUAUCGAGUCCUAGACCACGCAACCCGAUGUGAUCCGCAGUACAUGUGGUUCCGCAUCGUCCAUUAUGAUCGUUACAUGUGCCUGCUACUUGGUCUACCUCAGGGCUCUACGGAUGUCAGCAUGGCUAGCAUAGCACUACUAGCCACUGAUACCGCCAUGGGCGGCCUUGAAAGAGUGCAGUGCGUCAUUGCUUCACGCAUAUUGCAGCGCAACGAAUCCGAUCCGACAAGCGUCGAAUUUAGUGUAACCCAAAGUCUAGAUAAAGAACUGCAGCGUGCUGCACAAACCCUCCCCAGCGAAUGGUGGCUGAUUUUCCACUUCAAUCUUCUCAACCAGCCUCACGUACCUUACAUGUUGCUAUCUUCUACUGACCGGCGGUUCACAUACUCCAAAUUCGCCUGUGUCAAUCCUUCGCGGGAGAUCCUUUCUCGUUUCGCUGUGUUACGCAGAUCGAACCAAGUCGCGUACAACUGCCGCACGGUCGAUUACCUGGCCGUCAUGGCUGCAGUGAUGCUGCUUCUGGCCCACCUCGACAGCUAUCGCCACCCUUCGCAGGUCGACAUCAUGACGCACCUGUACCUAGGCGACCGGGCCAUGAUAGAGCAGGCCCAGGAGAAUUUACAGGAGGUCAGUCGGCUUAACGAAGAUUCGCUCAGUCGACAAAGCGCAGAACUCCUGCAGCGGCUGCUCGCUAUCGAAGCGGAAGCCGCUGAUGGCUACGAUGCCCCGGCACACAAUGUUGUAGUGCAGCAAGUUGCGCACAACGCACCUCUCGUGGAAAAGGCAGAACAAGAUCGUUCGCAGAUGCACAUUCCUUACUUUGGUUUAAUUAAAUUCAUCUCAACACUUUAUACGCCUCCGCCGGCAGCUCACAGCGGGAACUCGACGAUUAAGGAACUACACUCGAUACGCAAACUAGCGACGAGCGCGAAAGCCUAA